AUGCUCUCCACAGUUGCUUUGAAACAAGUUGGCCGUACCAACAUCGUUGCUAAAGUCGCCACCGCUACUCAAGUUCGCUCCAUGCACGAUUUGACUUUGAGAAAGAAGACUGGCGAACCCAUGAUCAAGUAUGGUUUGGGUGGAAGAUCCUCCACCAAUGGCCACAUUGCCACCGUCUUUGGUUGUACUGGUUUCUUGGGUCGCUACGUUGUCAACAAGCUUGCCAAGCAAGGUACACAAGUUGUUGUUGCCUACCGUGAUGCAGAUGAAGCCAGACAUCUCAAGGUCACUGGUGAUUUGGGUCAAAUCAUCCCUCUGGAAUUCGAUUUGAGAAAUAAGCAACAGAUUGAUGAAUGUGUUCGUCAUUCUGAUAUCGUUUACAACUUGGUUGGUCGUGAUUACGAGACAAAGAACUUUACUUUCAACGAUGUCCACGUUGAUGGUUCUCGUAUGUUGGCUGAAUCUUGUGCCGAGAACGGCGUUGCUCGUUUUGUUCAAAUGUCUGCUUUGAACGCUUCUGAAGACUCUUCAUCCAAGUUCCUCCGUUCAAAGGCUUUGGGUGAAAAGGCUGUUCGUGAGAUCAUUCCUGAUGCUACCAUCGUUCGUCCCGGUACUAUGUGGGGUCAUGAGGAUCGUUUCUUGAACAGAAUUGGCGAGGAUGCUGGCUGGCAAUACUAUGUCAACGAAGGCAAUACCAAAAUUCGUCCCGUUUCUGCCAUUGAUGUUGCUCACGCUCUCGAGAUCAUGUUGACUGCCGAGUCCACUAUGGGUAAGACCUAUGAAUUGUAUGGUCCCAAGGAAUACGCUGUCAAGGAAAUCUUUGACCUUGCUCGUGAGAUUACCAUGAAGCCUCUUCCUAUCCGUGCUGCACCUAAUGCAAUCUACAAGUUGGCUGCUACCUUCUUUGAUAAAUUACCUUAUAACCAAAUGGUUAGCCCCGAUUUAAUUGAAAGAAUGUCCAUGGAUGACAAGAUCACACCAGGAGCUCUUACCUUUAAAGAUUUGUACAUCAACCCAACUGAUUUGGAAACUGUCGCCAUUCAAUUUUUGAGAAGAUUCCGUAGUAACGCUGUCUUUGAUCUUCCUUACGAAAAAGGAGAAGGUCAAGUUCAAAAGGGUGUUUACCAUCUUAUUGAUUAG